AUGAAGCAAGAUGUGGAGGGAUACUUUGGCGAGCAGCCGGAUCUAGUUCCUCCUGCUGUCGCUCAGGAACGUGAACCAAAUAUGCAGGAAGAGGAUCAGUUUGACGCCUCCGCUGACAAUGAGAUACGUCUCAAACCUCCAAGCCUUGAAGGUGUAUUGAAGAAACUCCCGCCAGCAAUUGAACAAGAAAGUGAUUCGAAUAAACAAAAUGAUGUGGAUCCAGAUGCCGGCGCCCAGAGUUUGGCUCUACAGGGGUUGCUAGAAACGCAUUCAAACGAACCUGAAGCUAUCCCAGUAGGAAAUCAGUUGCUCCUCCUGAGCCCUGCGCGCAAGAGAACUCCGCUGUCUGCGUCAACCUCUGAGAGCAUGAAGAAAAAUCUGGAGGAAUACUUUGGAGAGCAGCCGGAUCUAGUUCGUCCUGCUGUCGCUCAGGAACGUGAACCAAAUAUCCAGGAAGAGGAUCAAUUUGACACCUCUGUGGAGAUGCGUCCCCAAAUUCCAAGCCUUGAGGGUGUAUUAACGACAGAAGAAAUAAAGAGUCUCCCAGCAAGUGAACGAGGAAGUGAUGCGGAAAAACAAAAUGAAAUGGAUCCGGAGGCCGGCGCCCAGAGUUUGCCUCUACAGGGGUUGCUAGAGACGUCGCAUUCAAACGAACCUGAAGCUAUCCCAGUAGGAAAUCAGUUGCUCCUCUUGAACCCUACGUGCCAGAGAAAGAGAAUCCCGCUGUCUGCGCGCUCCUUCGAGUUGAAGGAGGAUUCAUCUUGUGUGGAAUCGCACGUACCCUUCUUAAAAGACUUUUAUGAACAAGAGAUAUCGCUGAUGAUGAAUAACCAAAGAUUCGUCGUUAAUGAAAACCCACACACGAAACGAGAAGUUGGUCCAACGAGAUCAGAUCCAAAUACUCCGGAAAAAGCGCACGAAGUGGCGGCCCAAGAUACCCAAGAAGGAAAGUCAAAAUCAUUUGCUGUUCGCAGUUCUGUUUAUAGGGAGCCAGCCGUGUUUCAACUAGAUGAAGAGCUGGCGAAUUCCAUUGAGGAGAUAGAAAACCUAGAACUUGAAUCAGAAGAGUCGGAUGGUGAAGAAAUGUGCGAAAUUCGGUCAGAGCAACAACGAAAUAUGGAGUUGACAGAAGAAGGUGAAGUAAGGCAUGCGGUCGAAGCACAGUUUCCGAGUUCCUCAGAUGCUCCUGGAGGAUUCAAGAGGUCAGAGCCGAUCGACAUCCCAAAGCCAAUUGAGGCCGAAGACGCUACUCCAUCUUCAUCUGAUAAACUCGGCAAAAGUGGCUUUUGCGUGAUAUGCUGGCCCCCGGUGCCGUCGUCGCCCCCGUUGCCGCCGCUGCCCCCGUUGCCGCCGCUGCCCCCGUUGCCACCGGUGCCGCCGCUGCUGCCGGUGCCGCCGGUGACGCCGAAGCCGCCGUUGGUGCCGGUGCAACGCCAGCAUACUUUUUCCCACGGAUGCAAAAUGCACCCACAUUCACACUUCUUGAAUUUAUAUACCAUGGCGGAGAAUGCGAAGAUUGUUCUGUAA